AUGGAAUCGACACUCGUGCCACAGGCACAACCCGCGUCGCCGAUGUCCACGCUGUCUUCAGGCACAGACACGCAGCACUUGCCGACCAUCUCCAACCUGAUCAAUGCCCCCCAAGUCGAAGGGGCGGCACAGAGCUACCAAUCGAAUGCACCACAGCUUGCGUAUGCAGCAUCACCAGCCAAUGGUGCCGCCGUCCCUCAAGCUGCCUUGGCCACCCCAACACAUACAGCAGACGUCCCGAGCCAGCAACAGGUACCACAAGCACAGCCAGGCGUAGCGCAGCCGACCUUCCAGCAGCAGCAGCAAAUACCACAGCAGAGACAGCCGGUUUCUGAUCAGGCAAGAGUGACAAAGGGAAAGUAUUCCCUUGCUGAUUUUGAGAUCCAGCGAACCCUUGGGACCGGUAGUUUUGGGCGUGUCCAUCUGGUACAGUCACGGCACAACCAAAGAUUUUAUGCUGUCAAAGUCUUGAAGAAGGCUCAGGUUGUUCGGAUGAAGCAAGUCGAACAUACAAACGACGAAAGACGGAUGCUGGCUGAGGUGAAGAACCCGUUUCUCGUCACGCUGUGGGGGACAUUCCAGGAUGCAAAAAAUCUUUACAUGGUUAUGGACUUUGUAGAGGGAGGCGAGCUCUUCUCGUUGCUGCGUAAAUCGGCGCGCUUUCCAAACCCUGUGGCCAAGUUCUACGCGGCCGAAGUCACACUGGCGCUGGAAUAUCUGCACUCGCGCAACGUCAUCUACCGAGACUUGAAGCCGGAGAAUCUUCUUCUCGAUCACCACGGCCAUCUCAAGAUCACGGAUUUUGGGUUCGCCAAGCGAGUUCCUGACAAGACAUGGACACUUUGUGGAACACCCGACUAUUUGGCCCCGGAGGUGGUGUCCAACAAGGGCUACAAUAAAUCUGUGGAUUGGUGGUCCCUUGGGAUCUUGAUCUUCGAAAUGCUUUGUGGCUUCACGCCAUUCUGGGACAGCGGCAGCCCGAUGAAGAUAUACGAGAACAUCCUGAAGGGGAAAGUCAAGUACCCGGCUUACGUGCACCCCGAUGCACAAGACCUUCUGGAGCGGCUGAUAACUCCGGACUUGACCAAGCGCUUGGGCAAUCUCUACGGCGGGUCAGAGGACGUCAAGAACCACGCAUGGUUUGCGGAGGUGACGUGGGAUCGACUAGCGCGAAAGGAUAUCGACGCACCAUACACACCGCCGGUCAAGGUCGGUGCGGGUGAUGCCAGCCAGUUUGACCGCUAUCCCGAGGAGGCAGAAAGAUAUGGACAGACUGGGGCUGAUGAGUGA